UGUUGUUGCCAAUAGAAUCCACGCAUUGAAGAUGGCGGUUGAUGUGAGGCUUUUUUCGUGGAGAACUCGGAAUAUACCUGAAAAUGUUCACCCCAGGGGCCUCGUAACCCCUGGUGAUACUAUAACCACCGACGCAGGAUUCAUGAGAGGGCAUGGUACAUACGUAGAAAACGACCAGCUGCUGUCAUCAAUUGCCGGUGUGGUAGAAAAAGUAAAUAAGCUCAUCACUGUGCGCCCACUAAAAACAAGGUACAACGGAGAAGUUGGAGAUGUCGUCGUUGCACGCAUAGUGGAAGUGCAGCAAAAAAGGUGGAAAGUAGAAAUGGCUUCUCGUCUCAGUGGUGUACUGCUCUUAUCAUCAGUAAAUCUCCCAGGUGGUGAACUGAGGAGAAAAUCUGCAGAAGACGAGUUGCUGAUGAGGCAGUAUUUAUCGGAAGGAGACUUGAUAAGUGCAGAGGUCCAGUCCGUAUUUUCGGAUGGAGCGCUUUCACUUCAUACACGCAGCCUUAAGUAUGGAAAGCUUGGCCAGGGCACUCUCGUUCUAGUGUCGCCAUCACUGGUGAAACGAUGCAAAACUCACUUUCACAAUCUGCCCUGUGGUGUACAAGUCAUUUUGGGAAACAAUGGAUACAUCUGGAUAUCUCCCUUACCUUCUGAAGAAGGAACCAAGUUUGUACAAAGCUUAGAAGUUGUUCCCCACGCAACAAGAGAAGCAAUAGCACGUGUCCGAAACUGCAUUGUUGCCUUGGCACAGCACCAUGUGGUGUUGUUUGACACAAGUGUUGUAUAUGCGUAUGAAGUCUCCCUGGAGCACAAGGUGAGCACACUCUUGAAGCCAGAGAUCAUGAAAGAAGUUGCAGACCUCACAAAACAACGGCUUGCUCAGGAAACAUAAUAGUUGUAAUACUGCAGCAAAAAGUUGCAGCCAUAUCGGUAAAGAGGUGUGCGGCACCCCCCUUUUCUCUCGGGUACACAGGAUACGAUGGAGGAAAAAAAAUGGAUGGUGCAGUCACCUGCAAGCUGUAAAUCGUCUGAGGGUGCAGGCAAAUGCAACUUGUUGCCUGCUGUUGCAGUUUUGUUCAUACGUUAUUGCGUGUUUGGUGGUGGGGAGUUCCAAAUAUCUGGACUGCAAUUUGCUGAAAUUAUGGACAUCAUCAGCCAUAUAGCCAAAGUGGUCUCUCAUGAGCAAUGAACUGUGGUUCGAUCGUGCUAAGUGUUAUGGUUGUUCUUCACAAUGUUUUGGAGCAAUAUAUUGAAUUCCAGGA